CUCUCAUGGUCACCAGUCCCAGGUGAGGUAGGUCAUUCAACAGGACAUGAACAAAGAGAGAGAAGUGAGAUGCAACAUUAUGGGCAGGGAUGAAUCACAGUGUGACUCCAGGGUGGCAGAAAGUCAGCCACCAUGUCACAAACCAACCUGCCAUGGCUCCUCCAUCCAGUGCUGAGCUCCAGGAGGAGAGUGUGUGAACGGAGACCUGGUUACGGGUCAUGGCUCACUCUUCAGACCCCUCCCGCAGGGAAACGACCCCCGGGCCCCAGGGGUCUCACUCGGCUGCACGCCACCUCCUCCGGAAGAAGGAACAGCGCCGGCGUGGAAUACGAUCCUCCUCCCCCAUGGGCCGGGUCAUCCUCAUCAACUCACCCGUGGACGGUGGGGAUGACUGUGAGGAUAUCCACACAGUCACAGUGGAUAAGAGUGUGGAUGGCAGGCUGGGUUUCAGUGUGCGUGGAGGCUCAGAGCAUGGCCUUAGCAUCUUUGUCAGCAAGGUGGAGGAUAACAGCUCUGCAGAGCAGGCAGGCCUGUGUGUGGGGGACAAGCUGGUGGAGGUGAACGGGGUGAGUCUGGAGAGCAUCACCAUGAGCAGUGCAGUCAAGGUGCUGACAGGGAACAACCGGCUGAGGAUGGUGGUGAGGCGUGUGGGGAAAGUCCCUGGCAUCCGCUACUCCAAGGAGAAGACCACCUGGGUGGAUUUGAUCCACCGCAGGAUGGUGGUGGAGGAGAGUGGGAAAACGCCCUCGGAGGCCAGCUCAGACGGGGCGCUGCGGAGGAUCGUUCACCUCUACACCACCUCUGAUGAUUACUGUCUAGGCUUCAACAUCCGCGGGGGCAAGGAGUUUGGUCUGGGGAUCUACGUUUCUAAACUGGACCCUGGUGGACUAGCUGAGCAGAACGGCAUUAAGAUGGGGGACCAGAUUCUGUCAGCCAAUGGGGUGAGCUUUGAGGACAUCAGUCACAGCAAUGCUGUGGAAGUGCUCAAGAGUCACACACACGUCAUGCUGACCAUCAAGGAAGCCGGACGAUACCCUGCUUAUAAAGAGAUGGUGGCAGAGUACAGGUGGCUCAAUAAGUUAGCCAAUGGGACCGCCCAGUCCUCCUCCCAGGGUUCAGAGUCCAACUCCUCCGCCUCGUCGUUGUCCUCCGGGACCCCCAUCAGCUCCCUGAGCGGCCUGUCUCAGGUCAUGUUCCCCCCCAGCCUGCCUUUCGGCUGCGACAUGGUGGACGUGUGCAUCUCCACUGAGGACCAGAGGGCUGGGUCCCAGCUUGCUGAGACUGCCAUGCAGACUGACUCCCCCUCUCUGAGGAUGGGGACAGACACGAGCCGCAGCCUCGGGGCCACAUUGCUGCUCGAGGACUCGGCCAUCCGGGAAGGGGGCUUCAAGAGCGGCGAGUCCACCAAGACAGCCGUUCUCAUGGCUCUAAGUCGGCCCACCCGACCCAUCCGUCGCUCCCAGAGCCAGGUCACCGUGGCAGAGGUCAAGCAGAAGAAGCAGAAGAAGCAGCAGAAAGGGAAGGACCAGGUGACGAGCACCCUGCAGCGUUCCAAGACCUUCGUCAGCCUGCUGUUCAGGGGUCGCAAGAGAGACACCUCCAGGGGGCGCUCUAAGUCCCCCUCCAGAUCAGAGGCUAGCAGAGACGGUGUGGGGCGCCGUGCCAGCGUCAAGCCAGACCCUGAGAUGUUGGGCGUGGUGGAGGACAUGGCACGCAGGCUGCUUACUGAAGAGGAGGUCGACGCUGUCAUGAAGACCUGCAGGAGGUAUGUGACAGAGCGUCUUGUGGAGAACCUGGUGCGCCACCUGCUGGCGGUCCUGGACAGGCCUGAGAAGCUGCUGCUUCUGCGGGAGGUCAGGAUGCUGAUCCCUCCAAUCGACCUGGUUGUCUUCAACAACAUGGUGGCACCGUUUGAAGUCGAGGCUUAUGAUAUCUUGAAGUAUCGCUCCGUCAGAUCCCCUCCUCUGCGUUCUCCCCAGUCAGGACGUGCCCCCAAACGACACCUCAUCACCCCCAUCCCUGACUUCCAGGGAGGCUUUGAGCUCCACAGUGCCGAGGAGGUGGAAAGGGAGAGUCACCUGAUCGACGAGCUGGAGAGACUGCGUCUGUCUGGGCCGCAGUUGACCAGGGAGCAGCCCCACACCUCCAGAGCCUUCACCCCACUGCUGGACGUCCCCGUGGACGGCUACGCCUCCGACUUCGCCAGACAACCCUCGGUCAGCCCCAUGCUGCCUAACUGGCUGCUGGCACACAGCAGCAACGCACGCACCCCUCUCAGAGCAGAGAGUGGUACAAUCCGCUCAGUCCACUUUGAUGAGGUGUCAAUGCACUCUGCUUCAGACCGGGGAGGAGAUACCAUCUCUGAACGGGGAAGGUCCACGUUCCGGAAUGGAAAGUCCAAGGGUAAAAAAGAGAAAAGUGAGAGGAGUAAUGACACUGUGUUUACUCUGGCAAGUGCCCCUCGGAGGACCAGACCCCUGCUGUCUGAAGUCUUUGGCUCGGGCCUGGACUCAGACUUUCCAGCCUCCCCUGAGGUGAAGGUGGGACAUGAAAAAGUAAACGGAGCGCGGAGCGCCACUGAAAAUGGACUCAAUGGUAGCCUCCCAGUUCAGGAGUAUGAGUUAAAAACCGUCAGCAUAUCAAAGACAAAGCAGUCAUUGGGGAUCAGUAUAUCUGGUGGGAUGGAGUCCAAGGUGCAGCCGGUGGUGAAGAUAGAGAAGAUCUUUCCUGGAGGAGCAGCUUCCACCUGUGAAGUCCUCAAGGCUGGAUUUGAGCUGGUGUCCGUGGAUGGGAUAUCUCUGCAGGGUGUGACCCACCAGCAUGCUGUGGAAAUCAUCCGCAGGGCCUUCAGCAACAAGGCCAAAGACCCCAUGGUGUUUAUGGUAAAAGUCCUCAAAAAACUUCAGAGUGGAGACUGACCCCUUUGGACACAAAAGCGCUUAGGGGAGACGCCUGCGGGCACUGAUAGAAGCUGUUUAGCAGUGGGACCUGGGUCCAAGCAGCAGGAGGUGGGUCUAAGUGGGUGACCUAAAGAGUAUCUGGCCAAUGAAUACAGUGGAUGUACUACUUACUACUGGAAUCAACCAAUCAUGUGUGUGCUGCCGAACUGCAUCACAACUCGGAGCCAAUACUUGUCCAUCGAGUAGAGACCUUCCUUGUACACUAUUUCUUACAUUAAUUGUCAAUUUAUAGACAUUUUCUUACAUCAUUAAAAUGUAGUCACUGUAAUGCAUUGUACUGUAUUUAGAUAUUUUUAACAUGCAGGCUGAUUUCUGGACACUAGAGUGCCUUUCAAGGUCCCACAUACACUUCAUAGUCUCAAAACCCUGUGAAGAGUUGGCCUACGAGUGGAGCUUCAGACAUAAGGAAGCAUUUAUUUGGUAUGUUAGGUAGGAUUUCCUGUGUUUUGGUACCUGAACCCUGAUACUGUGAAAGAAAACACAAUAUAUUCAAGAGUUAUUCCUUCUCAACCACUACUUAUCAUUUGUUCUUCCUUGUAAGAUCGUUCUGAAAGGGAGGAAUCUUCUCCUGCUGAGCGGAUCAAACCUGUCUCUAGAACAGAAAAGCAGCUUCUGUAAGAUGAUAUUUAAAAUGACCAAGUUCAAGUUAUCAGCCAGCGCAUAAUAAAUGUAUGCUAAAUUGCAAAGACAGUGUGUAUCUGAUGAAACUAAAUAAAGAGCAAUUGAUUCUUUA